AUGUGGGAGAAGCUGGUUUUGAUCGCACUGCUGUUGCUGCUCUGUAUGUGUCUCCUGUUUGCUCAGUCAGUGACCAGCAGCAACCGAAGCUCCAGGGGCAAAGCAGGUGGAGUAAAGCCUGGCACAUGUGAGGUGGUGGCAGCUCAUCGCUGUUGCAACAAGAAUAAAAUAGAAGAGAGAUCUCAGACCGUGAAGUGCUCAUGUUUGACCGGACAGGUGGCAGGAACGAUGCACGGUCAACCUUCCUGUGUAGAUGUAUCUAUUGUGCAGUUAAAAUGGUGGUGUCACAUGGAGCCAUGUUUAAAAAAGGAAGAGUGUCGAGUUUUGCCUGACCUUACUGGCUGGACCUGCAGCUCUGGGAACAAAGUGAAAACCAUCAAGGUGAGCAGACCAUUAAGAUUUCCAAAAUAG